CUGUUACACCCGAGGAAGUCCGACAAACUUCCCAAACGUUAGUGAGAACGAAAUACGGCUGCCUGAAAGCAGAGUGGUCGCGUCUCCAUCCUGAACUGGGCUCCGACUAUUUCCCGCUUUCUUGCAACUCUCAGGUGCCAUGGCUGAACGGGUGCUGGUUGUUGGCGGAGGAGGGCGGGAGCACGCUCUGGCGUGGAAGUUGGCCCAGUCGCCGCACAUCCAGCAAGUCCUGGUGGCGCCGGGGAAUGCUGGGACGGUGAACUCUGGCAAAAUCAGCAACUCUGAGGUGUCUGUGAAUAACCAUGCCAUAUUGGCUCAGUUUUGUAAGGACCAUCACGUGGGGCUGGUGGUGGUUGGGCCUGAGGUUCCUCUUGCUGCGGGCAUCGUGGAUGACUUAAUGGUGGCUGGAGUCCAGUGUUUCGGCCCAUCCGCGAAAGCCGCCCAGUUGGAGGCCAGCAAGAGCUUCUCCAAGGCCUUCAUGGAGCGUCAUGGCAUUCCCACUGCACGUUACGGUUCCUUCACUGACCCUGAGGAGGCUUGCAACUAUAUCCGCACGGCUAAGUUUCCAGCUCUAGUUGUGAAGGCCAGUGGGUUGGCAGCAGGGAAGGGAGUUAUUGUGGCACAGGACCAGGAGGAGGCCUGCCGGGCUGUGGUAGACAUCAUGAAGGACCGAGCGUUUGGGUCUGCAGGUGAAACAGUGGUUGUGGAAGAGCUUCUAGAAGGAGAAGAAGUAUCUUGUCUGUGCUUCAGCGAUGGCUCUUCAGUGUCGCUGAUGCCUCCAGCGCAGGAUCAUAAACGUCUGCAAGAUGGCGAUCGUGGGCCAAACACGGGUGGCAUGGGAGCUUACUGUCCCACUCCUCAGGUGAGUGAAGAGCUCCUGGUGCAGAUCCGAGAAUCUGUGCUUCAGAAAACAGUGGACGGAAUGAAGCAAGAAGGGACACCUUUCGUGGGAGUUUUGUAUGCUGGGCUGAUGCUAACCCAGCAGGGAAUCAAAGUUCUGGAGUUUAACUGUCGCUUCGGAGACCCGGAGUGUCAGGUUUUGCUUCCCUUGCUAAAGAGCGACUUGUAUGAAGUCAUCUUGAACACCAUGAAAGGCAAACUGGCAUCAAAUGCCCCUGAGUGGCAUCAGGACAAAUCUGCAGUCACGGUGGUGAUGGCAAGUGCUGGCUAUCCUGGUGAAUACAGCAAAGGAGUUACCCUGACUGGUCUGUCCCAGGUUGAGGACAUGGGGAUUCAGGUAUUCCAUGCAGGGACAGUGUUGAAGGACAAACAAGUAGUCUCCAGCGGCGGACGUGUCCUGACAGUGACGGCGGUCAGGCCGUCUCUGGAGGCUGCUCUGCAGGCGGCCAAUCAAGGUGUGGUGGCUGUGGGCUUCCCUGGUGCAGUGUAUCGCCAGGAUAUUGGCCAUAAGGCCAUUGCCCAUUUGAAGCAAAGCAGAGGUCUGACCUAUAAGGACAGCGGUGUGGACAUUGCUGCAGGCAACAAACUUGUCGACAUGAUCAAGCCACUAGCACGGGCAACAUCCCGUCCGGGAUGUAAUGCAGAGCUGGGAGGAUUUGCUGGACUGUUUGACCUUAAAGCUGCAGGAUUUGUUGACCCGAUCCUGGUGUCCGGAACUGAUGGAGUUGGGACUAAACUUAAGAUUGCCCAGGCAUGUGGACAACAUGGUGGCCUCGGUCAGGACCUGGUGGCAAUGUGUGUGAACGAUGUGCUGGCUCAGGGGGCUGAGCCACUCUUCUUUCUCGACUACUUCUCAUGUGGCGUCUUGGAUGUGGAUGUCACUGCCACAGUGGUCGCGAGUAUCGCCAAAGCAUGUGAAAUGGCUGGCUGUGCUCUACUUGGUGGAGAGACAGCAGAAAUGCCCGGUGUCUACCUCCCGGGAGAGUAUGAUCUAGCUGGGUUCUGUGUGGGAGCAGUGGAGCGGGGAGCCCUGUUGCCUCGGCUGGCGGACAUCAGUGAAGGAGACCUGUUGAUAGGCGUGGCAUCCUCCGGUGUCCAUAGCAAUGGCUUCAGCUUAGUGCGCAAGGUCUUGGAGCAAACGCAUCUCAGCUACAGCUCCCCAUCACCGUUUGGUAACCCUGAAAAAACUGUAGGGGAGGUUUUGCUGACACCAACAAAGAUCUACAGUCGUCUGCUCCUUCCUAUCUUGCGCAGCGGUGCAGUCAAAGCGUAUGCUCACAUCACUGGAGGAGGACUUUUGGAAAAUAUCCCAAGGGUUCUGCCCCAAGGGUUGGCUGUCGAUUUAGAUGCGUCUCGUUGGAGCAUCCCACCAGUAUUUUCUUGGCUGCAGAAGGAGGGUGGCCUUAGUGAGCGUGAGCUGACUCGCACCUUCAACUGCGGUUUGGGUGCGGUGCUCGUGGUUGCCCCUGUGGAUGCUCAGAGAGUCUUGCGGCAGCUGCAAGCCCAUGAGGAGGCCUGGAUUGUGGGUGCACUUGCUCACAAGCCACCCGGAGCAGAGUCUGUGGUGGUCCGUAACCUCAAACACAGCUUGCUAAAUGCUGGUCCAGCCUCUAAGAAUGGCAGUUGCCUCUAUGAUAGCAGCAUUCCUCACAAGAGGACCAAAGUUGGGGUUCUCAUCUCAGGCACAGGUACCAAUCUUCAAGCUCUGAUCGAACAGGCCAAACGUCCAUCCAGCUGCGCAGAAAUUGUUGUGGUCAUCUCCAACAAGCCUGGAGUACAGGGUCUCAAGAGAGCAGCGCUGGCUGGUAUCCAGACACGGGUGGUGGACCAUAAACUGUACGGGAGCAGAGCAGAAUUUGACAGCACCAUUGACCGUGUGCUAGAAGAGUUUGGGGUGGAGCUGGUGUGUCUGGCUGGAUUCAUGCGGAUCCUCACGGGAUCUUUUGUCAAGAAGUGGAACAGUAAGCUGUUGAACAUCCAUCCCUCCUUGCUGCCUUCCUUUAAGGGUGUGAAUGCUCAAAAGCAAGCUCUUCAGGCUGGGGUGCGGGUUAGCGGCUGCACAGUCCACUUUGUUGCAGAGGAGGUGGAUGCAGGGGCAAUCAUCGUGCAGGAGGCUGUUCCAGUGUUAAGCACAGACACAGAGGAAAGUCUAUCAGACAGAAUUAAAGAGGCAGAGCACAGGGCGUUCCCUGCAGCAAUGGAGCUUGUAGCCGGAGGAGCUGUCCAUCUUGGUGAAGACGGACAUGUUAUCUGGAGGUCCAAUUCACAGCACUAGUCAUACCAUCAGUAAUUAUGUAGUUUGACACUGUAGCCAACGAGGGCCUCUGAAACAUUCCAUGUGUGCAUGGUGAUUUUUUUGUGGAUGGCACCAAAUUAUGCUCAUUAAAGAAACAUUUUAGAAUUUAUAUUUUCGUUUGUCUCGAUGGGCUGUGAUAAUUCUACAUACAAAUGAAGAAUUUGAAAGUAUUUCAUUCCAGAAGAAUUUUUUUUUUUUACCUUGGUUCACAUUUAAUAGCAAAUGGACAAGAUUCAGUUAGAAAGCUGUAAGACUACUGUAACACAUUUCACAUUGCAGAAUGUAAUUCAAAUUAAAAUCCAACUUUACACAAGUUAAAAA